CAGGAACCCCAGGGCCCGGCGUCUUUCCGGAGACAGCGACUCCUCCUCCUCCUCCUCCAGGCACAGUGCCAGCUUGGGAAGGAAGCGGAGCGAGGACGCCAGCCUGGCACUCAGGAAGGAGGCGGGGAGGCGUGUCUCCGAGGGACCUGCUUCACAGCUCCACGUCGGGCCCAAACGCCCGCCAACCAGCCGGAGUCAGUCACGAGACCGUCUCAGCUUGCCGAAAACCAUGGCGGUGCCUAGGAAGGUUGAGUCAGAAGAGCGGGGCCGUCCUCGCGUGACAAACCGGCCCAACAAGCCUGGAUCGCAGAGCCCUCGUCCCCGGGCCCGCAGCCAGGGAAGGCCUGGAGGGGAGCCUGUGUUGCUCAUCAGCCGAGCCAAGGAUGGACAACAUUCCUGGACACGAGCCAACGAGACCAAGGAGAACGCCGGGGGUUCUGGAAGAAACACCCCCAGGACCAAGAGCCCGGCAAGGGGUCAGUUGACCCCAGUGGGUUCCUGUAGCCCUGCCCCCACCAAGCGCCGGGGUUCCUUGCCCGCUACCAAAAUAGCCAAUCCCUCCAUCCGAAUGCCUCCACCGGCCCCAGGACGUCAGCGACAGCCCUGCUUGACCGGACAACGUGCGGCCACGAGGCAGCCCCAGUUGGGGCAGAGUGGGCCUUCCGGACAGCCCGACGACCCUUUAGGGCAAGAGUUGGCAGUGAUGGCACAAGCUUUCCGCACCCCGCUGCGCCUCGACCCGAGCCAGGAGCAGCAGCUCUACCGGCGCCUGGAGGAAGAAUUCCUAGCCAACGCUAAAAUGAUAGGUUUGGAAAUGGACGAAGAGCUGGACCUGGGCAGCCAGGCCUGCAAUGGCGCCCGGCUCUUGCCCGCGAAUCCGGACCAAGGGACCGCCGAUUCCGCCUACUGCUCCUCCAGCUCCUCCUCUUCCUCCCUCAACGUCUUCAGCAAGUACGGUCUCCAACCCGAGGAGUCCAAGCGGAAGGCAGCCCACCAGACGGCCAGCAGUUCCGAGCCAGUGGAUUUCCACAAUGGCUCGGCAGAAGUUUCCGAGCUCUGGGACUCAUCCGGUUACCGUGACCGAAGGAGCCGCUGGAGGAAACCGGUCCUUUCCAGCUCAUCCGAUGAAAGCAACUGCUACCUGGGACUGAAUGACGUCCAGGAGGUCCAAGAGGGUCUGGAGCUGGACGAGACUCUGGUGGAUAGCCCCUGGGCCUCUGGGGAGCCGGUCCCUUCCCACACAAAGCGGGGAUCCUCCCUCCAGGAUGUCCUGGAGACCCUCGACACAUCCCCUUCGGCACAGUCGUCCCUGAGUAAUCCCGACCUCGUGCCUUCCAUCGACAAGCUGAAGCUGCGCCCGCAAAUCAAACCCCGGGCCGACUCCCAACCGGACAAGACCCCGUCGAAAAUCCCUACACCCCUCAGCUACAAGGCUUCCGGAGCCCAGAAGCCUCUGGCGGGAAGCGCCUCUGCCAAGGACAGUCCGGGCAGAGGUCGGUCCGAGCGCCGGGGAUGGGCGGCCUUCCACAACAUCUUCUCCUCGUCCUUCGGGGAGUGUUCCGGCGGUUCGGUGGAGUCUGGCGUGGCUGACGAGGGGACUUGGGCCUAGGCACCGGUGGACAGCACCGCCUAUGCCUCCUCCUCCUUCCCCCCCUGCUCCCGCUUCCAUGGUCCGGCCCUGUCUUUCUAGCUGCUUCCGUGGACCUUUUUCCCCGUGUGACUUUAUCAUAUGCUGCUGUGCAGAAGAGAGAUUUAUUUUUGGGUGGUGGGAGGAGAGGGGGAUGGAGGGAGGGAUGGAGGAGGGGCGGGUCAGAAAGCUUUGGAUUGCAAAAGGAGAUUCAUCCUUCUAUAUUUUAUUUUUGGAACGAGAGGCCGGAAGACGGCAGAGCUUAAAUUGCGGGACCGAGAGGUUGGCGCUUAGAUUGCGUGUGUGCAUGUGUUGUUGUUGUUGUUGGGGGGGUGCGUACGUGUGAAAGGCUUGCAUGGGGAAGUCCUUUAACACUGGAGACUAAAGGGAGCGUCAGGGUUAAUAUUCACUCCCUUGGUCAAUCACUGUCCAGGUUCCGCCAUCAUGGUGUUUCCCUCUUAGCUCAGCGCAAGCAGUCCUCGAUUUACCAACAUAGAAACCGCAACCUGUAUCCCUAAGUGACACGGUUGGUAACUGAGCCAUGUCCGAUGUUACGACCUUUUUCACCACAGUCAUUAAACGAAUCCACCUGUCCCUAUUAACUUCCUCAAAAUUCCCCUCCUCGCAAACAGCAAGCAUCUGAAGUUUAAUCACGAUUCGGCCGUGCCUCCGUUGUAAGUCCCAAUUUUCAGUGCUAUCGUAACUUGGAACAGGGUUUUUUUCAAUGGUCGUAAGUCGAGGACUGUGUGUAGCACAUCUGCGGGUUCCAACAACGUUCUUGUUUCGUUUGGACAGAAAGUCCAGCACUAAAAGUGUCUUUUUUUUUUUAAAUCAGGGCAACCUAGUCAACCCAAAUAUGGGACAGGCGAUACGGCUUCUACUUUCACCUUUCCGCCCCAAUCCAGGAGUCUUCGCAGGCAGUCGCUUUCGCGACAAACUAUUUUUUGUGUUAAAUUUAUGUUUUACUGACAAAGAAAUGAAGGGAGACUCGCAUAGAUCUAUUUCAAGCUCUCAUCA